AUGUAUUUGCUCUAUACAUUUGGAUUAGUUAUCGUAUUACUUGAAAUUUCAACGUUGUUCAAGUGCAAAUCUAGAAGACUGUACAUUCGCAGGUCUCCAGUGAACGGUUCUGCUCAACCUAUUGCUUCAGCUUCCCAAAGUAACGAGAACAAGGAACAAAACAAAGAAACAAGUGAAGAAGGUCGCCUGCCACAAAAAGAAAAGUUUAAUUUGGACAAACCGGUCAAAAAGUCUCCUCCUAAAACGGAUUUGGAUUCUUUGCGUGAAGAAAAUCCACUUUCUAAGGCGGCGGUCAAAAUGAAAAAGGGUACACGAAAGGAGAAAGCUGUUCAAACACUCAUCAGUCCUGAAGAAAAAUGUGGAACAAUGUCACUCUAUGAAAUGGACCGCCCAGUUCUCGACGAGAAAAAAGGCGAAGUUUAA